AUGAUUUCUUAUCGCCAUCCUUACCAAGCUCUCUCAAAUGCUCAAUGGACGCCAUUUGUUCGCUUCAAUUACGCAGGCGUUUCAGAUUUAGAAGAAAUUACAACAAGAAAAAGAAAAUUUUUUUCGGAUGAUGUUUCAGAUUCAAUGAAAGUUACCGUUGUAAAUCAGAAGAGCAAAAUCUGCCACUCAUCAAUUUACUGCAAACCAGUCGCAAAGUUCAACAACCACCGAAACAAGAAGAAGCAUACCCUAUUCACAAUUGACGCAAUACUGGGACAUUCGACCGAAAGCCCAAGCAAAAAAAGAAAACUUCAAAAUACUCAGCCAACAAUAAGAGAAGACGAUUCACUUGAUUCGGGAUUUUCGUCAUUUGAAGAUGUCGACAAAUUGAAUAUUACUAGAACGGAUGGAAAUGGCAGUGAAAUUUAUGGCAGUGAUCCCAAUAAAUCACGACCAGAAUCGAGCCACAGUCAGUCUUCUCUAUCUCAAUCACCUCGACCCAAAAUAAGAAGCAACGGAUAUAUACCACCUACAAAAUGCUACAAUCAUAUGUAUAAGUAUACCAAUGAUUCAUACUAUUUCCAUCCAGGAUUAAGCAAAGUUGUGCAGCAAAAUUGGAUGUAUCAUAAACUACCGUCAAUUUCGUAUGUACCUAUUGAGACAAAACGUUCAGUUGGCAAAGAUAUUAAGCCAAAUGUGUGUUUUUAUUCAUCAACUCCUAAACCUCAGAAAUUAAAGUCAAAACGAGCAAGGACCGUGUUUACUCAAAAACAACUGGAGCAUUUGGAAAAUAAGUUCAACAACCAGCAAUACAUAGUUGGUAUUGAAAGACGGGCGCUUGCCAAUAAGCUCAGACUCACAGACGCGCAAGUAAAAAUCUGGUUCCAAAACAGAAGAAUCAAGUACAGAAAUGACAACAAGCGUCAACUUAAAAAAGAAACCAACAAACUAGAUGUUCUCAAACGUGAAGCAAUAAGAUAAUCAUAAGAUUACUUAUAUAUACGUCAUAAAAUUAAAGUUCCGCCGUUCCUUAUUCCAUUUAUGUACAGAUUUUUUGUCAAAAGUUUUCAAUAUAUAAUAA